UCCACUCACUCUCCUAUAAAUAUAUUAAACGGUGGCUUUUCCUUUCUCAUAGAAUUAUCAUUACAAUGAGGAAAGGAGGAGCAAAGAGGAAGGUUAGACAGAUGGAAAUAGAGGCCAGCCAGAAGCCUGCAGACACUCAGUCAUUGCGAAAGCGGGUCAAGGCAGUCGAGCCCGAGCCCAGCCCCAAACCUGAGUCCCCAGAGGAGACCCGAAAACUGGAAGAGCUAUGGAAGGCUGCGUUUCCUGUUGGGACAGGUUGGGACAAAAUGGAGGCUGUGCACAACAAAUUCAAGUGGGAUUUCACCAGUCUGGAACAAGCAUUGGAAGAGGGAGGAAAGCUCCAUCAAGAGAUUAUCGGCAAAGAUAGCAACAAAGUGUAUCUAUUCGGCACAAUCGAAUGCCAUAUCCAGAGAAGCUCUGAAGAAGAAAUUACAGUCCCUAUGGUGGUGGCCAUUGUAUCGCCUUUCCAGCCUGCCUAUGAACUGAGCAUCAAACCAUUUGAUAGCCAAGGAAAUGGGGAAGAAACCAGAGUUCCAAUGAAACAGUUGCACAUGGAUUGGGUUCCGUACAUUCCUCCGGACAAGAAGAGAGACGCCCAAGAAACUGAGAGAGUGAUGAAAUCUGCUCGAGUAUUUGUGUUGGGGCAGUACUCAUAGUAGGGCUAGGGCUGCUUUGAAAUCCUUGAAGGAAGAAGGUUCCAUGAAACUUCAACACUACAUGCCUUACUUGGAUCACAAGGAAGAAGAGGAUCAUUGGUGCUGGGUAGAGCGCGAGAUAGAUGGAGUUGCCGAGACCAUCAUAGAUGAGUUAAAAGACGAUAACGAGUUAUCUCCAGUUAUGAAGGCUGGCUUGAAGGAAUAUGUCCUGGACAAACUAUAUGGAGCAAAGAGAAAGCAUCAACGGGAAUUUAGACAAGCCAUGCGAAAAAGUACUAAUGUUCAUGCAGCUCCAGAGGCAGAGGAGGAGGGUUUUGAAAAUAUGAGGAUUUAUAAGUUCUACCCCAUGCAAUCUCCAGAAACUCCUGACAUAUCAAAGGCUAAAUAUAAAUUCAUCAAUAAGUAUUGCGGCAAGGCUCAUGAGGUCCUGUGAACAAGUUUAAAAAUCCAAAACCUAAUUCGACUUGGUUGCUCAAACUAUCUGUUGAAUUAGAUUAGUUAUUCAAUGUGUAAAGUCUAAUAACUAGUGAACUUGAAUUUUUAAUCAAAGAGCUUUUUAUAAUACCCGAUUAAAUAGAUGUUUAUAAAUAAGAUUAAGGAAGCAUCUGCACUUUGGCAAUCAUCCCGUGGAAACGUCACAUUCAAUCGCUACGCUAGUAUUGGCAAGAAUCACAACUAAAUGAUGGAAGUCAAUAAAUAAUCUGAAAUCUGUUGCUACUCAAUAUUCUAAAUUUGUCCAUUUCAGAAUACUGAAAUUUUGCAAGAACAAAAAGAGAAAAAAAAAACAAACAAACAAACAAACUAAACAGCCGCUGGCUCUAUAAAACCCACAAUGGCACUAAAAGAAGCUUCAUUUCAAACGCA